CUCGGAGAGGAUAGAGCGAGGCUCAUCGAGCAGACCUCCCUUCCUGUCGCCGCUCAUACGGGAGGAUUAGGAGAGUCAAUCGCGGGGAGGCUCGCAGCACACGUGCGAGCGUGCUCGUCGUCGUGGCGGUUCCCUUCUGAUGGUACAACGAGUAGAAGUAGUGACUCACCGGCGACGGACGAGCGCGGACGACGGCGCGGAUCGUCGUCCACGGCAGAAGCACCGCCGCCGUCGUCGUCGUCGUCGUCAUCAUCAUCAUCGUCAUCGUCGCAGCAGCGCCGCGUCAACAGCCGCCGCUGCGCCAUGGGUCGACUCGCCUCGUCGUCGAUGAUCAUCCCCGCGUUUCUCCCCCUCGUCGUCGUCGUCGUCGUCCUUCUGUGCCAGCCGGAAUGCGGCCGCGCCGACGACCUCGAGUCCUUUCACGGGCUCGGAUCCGCGGAGCGGGUUCCUGCGGACAAACAUGCCGCGUCGCACGGGCCGCAGAUCGACGCCGGUGAUUUGCCCAGCGAUCCCUACAGCGCCUACCCGGGUAUGGGCUUCGGACCCAUGGGCCCGGUAGCCCGCUCGGCCCUGCCGAACGAUGCCACCUUGCCUCGCAGCCUCUCGUCGGAGGCCCUUCCUAAGGAGUCGCAGCAGCUAGGAGCAGCCUCGGCGCGCUCCGGCGACGUACCCUCCUCGACGAGCGGCGACGAGCAGUCGCCGAAACCGGAGUAUCGCAUCGUCAGCGUCGAGUUCACGCGCGUCGAGACGCCCUUUCUUAUUGGAAUUUGGAUCUUCUUCGCCAGCAUCGCGAAAAUCGGUUUCCACAUGGCGCCGAAGCUCAACAAGAUCUUCCCGGAGUCCUGCUUGCUGAUCGCCGUCGGCAUAAUCGUCGGUCUGCUGCUGUUCCAAGCGAGCAGCGUCCACAUUUCGCCGCUGACGCCCGACACGUUCUUCUUGUACAUGCUGCCGCCCAUCAUCCUGGACGCCGGCUACUUCAUGCCCAAUCGGCUGUUCUUCGAUCAUCUCGGGACGAUACUCCUGUUCGCCGUCGUUGGGACUAUAUUUAAUACGAUGUCGAUAGGUGUGUCGCUGUGGCUGUUGGGGAAAAGCGGUAUAUUCGGUUGCGAGACGCCUAUCCUCGACAUGUUCCUCUUCUCGGCGUUAAUCAGCGCCGUCGAUCCCGUGGCCGUGUUGGCCGUCUUCGAGGAAAUCCACGUCAACGAGAUACUCUACAUCGUCGUGUUCGGAGAGAGUUUAUUGAACGAUGCGGUCACUGUCGUGCUCUAUCACAUGUUCGAGACGUACAGCGAGAUGGGCCCUUCCAGGAUCGCCUACACGGACGUGCUAUCGGGCCUAGCGUCGUUUUUGGUGGUGGCGAUUGGCGGCACCAUCAUAGGCAUAGUAUGGGGUUUCGCCACUAGCUUCGUGACCAGGUUUACUCACCAGGUGCGCGUGAUAGAGCCGAUUUUCAUAUUCGUGAUGGCGUACUUGGCAUACCUCAGCGCGGAGAUCUUCCACUUGUCCGGCAUAUUGGCAAUAACCUUCUGCGGUAUUACCAUGAAGAAUUACGUCGAGGCCAAUAUAUCGCACAAGUCUCACACGACCGUCAAGUAUACAAUGAAGAUGCUGUCGAGUAGCUCGGAGACCAUCAUAUUCAUGUUCCUCGGCGUCGCCACGGUGAACAAUGCUCACAACUGGAACACGUGGUUCGUCGUCAUGACGAUAGUCUUCUGCUCCGUCUAUCGGGCCCUGGGCGUGAUAGUGCUGACAGCGCUGGCGAAUCAGUUCCGGCUGCACAAAUUGGACAAGGUUGAGAAAUUCGUGAUGUCCUACGGCGGUUUGCGCGGCGCCGUGGCGUUCGCCCUGGUGCUUCUUAUAGACCCCAAGCACGUGCCCCUGCAGCCCAUGUUCGUCACCACCACCAUCGCCGUCAUCUACUUCACCGUGUUCAUCCAGGGGAUCACCAUCAAACCCCUCGUCAAAAUUCUCAAUGUCAAAAGGGCGGAGAAGAGGAAGCCGACGAUGAACGAGAGGAUCCACGAGAGGAUAAUGGAUCACACGAUGGCGGGUAUUGAGGACAUUUUGGGACAACACGGCAACUACCACGUCCGGGAUAAAUUCAAGCGAUUCGACAAUAAAUUCAUCCGACCUUAUCUCGUGAAAGAUCAUUGCGGCGCCGAGCCGAAGAUUCUGGAAACUUACUCGAAGCUGGCGAUGAAGGAUGCGCUAGAUUACAUACGAAGAAAUGCCUCCACCAUCGGUAACAUUAGCGGCACCGAAAGUAUGUCGGCGAUAUUCCGUAAUUACAGCAAUACCGGCCAGUUCAAUGGAAGUCCCAGCUGCAGCCAGCUCGAAUCGGGAUGGAAUAUCGAUCUGCAGGAACUGGAGUACAAUCCUUCCAAAAAAGACCUGACGGACGCGAGAAUCCACCAUCUGCUCGCCGAAGAGCUUUGUAAACCAUACAAAAGGCAUCGGCGCUUGAGCUACAGCCGUCACGCGGUGAACGAUCGCGAUCUCUCGACGCAAGUCAAUUACAAAAUGCACAUGAACAUUCGGCGGAUGAUGGGGGAGCACAAACAUCGCCACAAACGCAGCAAAAAGUUGCUCAAAGACGGCAAACAGAAUCACGUUAGUUUCCCAGAAUUUCAACAGCAGAACGGCUCGACAAAGUUAUUUACGCAAGAUUACAUCAAUGGCGUGCUGUACGAGUUAGAAAACGGAGAAACCUCCAAGCCCUCGAGCAAAGAGGACUGGGAUUCGGCGAUCACGUUCACCGCACGAACAUCUGAUUCGCCGAAUGUAAACGCGGACAAUCAACACGCUACCACCGCUACUACGUCGAUGGACACGAUAAAUACGGACGAAGGAGACUUGAAAAUAGGACGCGACGGCGCGGAAGGCUACAGAGUAACCACCCCUACGGCUACGGAAACUAUGUUACCGUGGAAACGUGAGGACGAUUACGAGUCGGGUCAUCCGAUCAAGCAGCACGAAUUUCCAGCCUGGUGCUCCAAUAAAGAAUACCUCGCCUAUAGCUCGCCCUCCGCCACUUUCUUAGGUGGGAUCGAACAGCCGAAAGUCCAAUCCGUGAUUGGCCUAUUUCGACGCGAGAGCGUGUGCACGCCCGACAGUAUCGAUUGCCAGGAGACCGUCGAAGAGGCGGACGAGACGGACGAGUACACCCCCGCGAGAAUGGAUUCCCCCGCGAAAACCAAGGUUACCUUUGCAGGCAACCCCAUGAGGAGGAUGCCCAUGAGGCGGGUGUCAAUGAUGGAACUCGGCUUCGCCGACCGAGCUCACUCGAUGGACAAGGCGGCGGAUGACGGGUCCCACUCUUUGCCGGACUGCCGGAGAGUACGCCUUAACUCCCUCGCCUGCACGCCCGCUCACAUGCCGAGCCUAUCGACCGCCCUGAUCACCUCCUCCACGUCGGAAUCGUCGGAGGACGUGGACGAGGAGGAAGAGAAGGCUUGACCCUUGGGGACCGUCGACGAGGAGCGAACGUCCGCCUUCGCGGACGUCGAGCGUCGACGACGUCGGCCCUUCCGGCGACCACCACGUCGUCACUCGUUGCUCACUUCGCUCCUGCGCCGACCGAGUGCCCCCGUUUGAGAAGACCUGCCCUUGACGAGACGCCUUCUGGCUCCGAGGGCAUCUCGCGAAACCUGAAUCUCGGCCUGAAUCUUGUUGAUGCGCCUCACUAACAUUGAUGUGCGAAACAAGACGUUACGAUGAACAAAUUCCAAGAGAGACUGUGAAAAACGCGUCGAAGCUUUUUAUUGGAUUUUGCAAGAACAGAAAUAUUUAGGAAAAUGCGAAAAUUUUGUGCUAAUUAGAUGAAAAAAGGGAAAGAUUUUCUUCUAAAAGGUUAAUGACGAGUUUCGUGGUAACGAAAAAAAAGGACAAAGUGGCGAAAUCUCUUUGGAAUGAACGAUCUUCUGUUCGAGUUCGGUAUUCGGUAUUCGCGAGAUCGCUCGCCGAUUUCCGGAAGGAAGCGGAACGACGUAUACGAAGUUGAAAUUCGACGAAUCACUGUUAUUUUUUUCUGCACGCAUUCGCGAGAGCGAAGGCGCUUGUCGAGAGCAAGGGCUUAUUUCUAAAUCCGUCUCUAAGACAUCUUGGAAUUGUGGCCUUAAGGACUAUAGAAGUGCUUGGACGCCCCGACGAUCCUGUACACGCUGCCGUCGUCGUCGGCGCAAAAUUCAUUUGUCGGUGCUAUCGAUAAAAGUCUUGUAAAAAUUACGCCGCGCGGCGCCGUAAAAUGCGCCGCCCAAGCUUGUCCCAAGAUUUACCACGAGUACCUUCUCUCGAAGGUGGAUUCAGCGGUGAUCAUCGCUGCUGUAUACUUCGCGAUUAAGCUUCGGUCAGACUAAUCGACUUGGUAGAAUGUGACCUGCAAAGUAGGAAAAACGCUUGGAGUUGUUGUCACACAAUUUACCAUAAAUUCUGAAAAUGAUAUUCUGCCAGUAGCAUAAUGCGAGACACUUACGUCACAAUGUCAUUUUCGAUAAAGCUAGUUAAUUUAUGACACAAUGUCGAUUAGCAUUACCUCCGCGAUCUUUUAUGACAUCAUUUUCUAUAGAGAAAGUAUAAUUUUUUAUCUCCAUCGUUGCUUGCUAGUAAGUAUUUCUAGUCUUCUUAACAAGAUUUUGAAGAAUGCUCACUCAUCAAACUGUCAAUUAUAGAUAUAAUAUGAGAUCUGCCAUAUAUGUUUUGGAAAUAAGAGGGACGAUUUUAUCGUCACGAUAGACGAGUAUGUAUUUUUUUAAUUAUUUGAUUAAAGGUGCAAUUUCACAUGCUACUAAAAGAAGCAACGACAUAUUUGUCGUUUGUAUUCCAGCGGCUGAAAUUUUGUAGUUUGAAAAGUUUUAAUUAAGUACAAGCUUACACGCUAUGCAAAGCAUGCUUACACGCUGUCAAAACCAUUGCUUUUCGCAUUUUGUCAUGAUAAUAAUGACGAAAGUCAUCGUGUAAUCCUUUUUGUCACUCAAACGACCGGUUCAAGCGGCUCGUGAAAUUGCACCUCAAAGCUUUGUAUGUACGCUAAGUCGCCAAGUCUGGCCGCAGCUUCGCGGAUGACGAUAGUCCAACAUUAAGUGCGUUAUAUCGUUAGUAGUCCCGUUCGUGAGUCUGACGCAUGUACGCGACGCAUGCAUGCGACACAGCACAUCACGGUGUACGUAGAUGACAUCCCGUAGCGACGCAUCCCCAGCUGAAUUUAGGAGUAUUCCUUUCAAGCGAACGGUUGCGUGAUGAUUUGGACGACGAUGCGACUAUCGGUUGCGUAGAACCAGACGUGAGAGAUGCGUACAGAUGCGCGCCGCUCUCCCUUCUAGUAUGGCCUUAAAAGAAAAAAAAAGGAAAAACUUUCCAGCAAGCGGAUACUCGUGAGUAACACGGUGCCUGGUGUAUGGAUAAUACACUGUUACGAUACAUUGUUAAAUAUCGCGCAGCCACGGCACCGCUUAGUUAAUAUUUAGCGAAAAACCGCCAGAAGCAUGUACAUACGGUUUUUUCUUAAUGAUACGCUAGAAAAUUGUCAGCAUCCUCAUCGUUGUCAUCCUCAACAACAUCCUCAUCCACACUAUUUUUGUUAUCGUUUGGUAUUAUUUCUUCGGCGGAGUGAAAGAGAAGAUAUCAGAGAAACAGAGAGAUAGAGAGAGAGAGAGAGAGAAGCGGAGCGCGACCACUAUACCAUUCGGUAUUCUAGUUAUUAUUGUUAACACUUGUUACUAUCGCUAGUAUAUGAUUAUACUAGUUCUACUACUAAUAAUUAAAUAAUGCAAUUAUAGCUAUCGCUCGAUGCGGGCGGAAAGCGAAAGCGCCGAGCUCAUGCUAGUUUCGAGGGGAACUUUAUCAACGGCCGGAGAGUCUUUUGAUAGCUGGAGACUUAUUUUGAUUAAAUGGAAGAUCGAGAAUAGAAUGCAGUUACGAAAUGGAGUCGCCUCAAAUAGUGGAACCUUGUCAUCAAUGUCUUUUGAAUACGUUUAUUGCGCAUUGCAGAAAUUGCAGCCUUUCUCGUACUUAUUUUCGCGUCACUCAUAACGAUUAAUACCAAUUUUAUUAAUAACUAUAAUUAGCUUAGGCUUUCAAUAAACUCUUGACCUUUUAACUUUUGACAAUUACCUCACGGCUCUUGCGGGACCCUGCGAUUUUUAUACUUCCUUACAAGUACAUCGUACUGCGGAGUACUUAAUUUAGCGUAUACGCGAUCUCUGAUACCGAACCACUUUUGUAUCUACAUAAGGGUGACAGGGUAUAAGUUCGCAUUAUUAGAAAAAGAAAAAAACACGGGAAGUUCAAUAAAAAUGAUUUUGCAUUCGGAUUUGGAAGUUCCCCUCGCAUGGAAUAUUCCUCGCGGCCUUUAGUUACUUAGACCGGAUAAAAAAACGUCGGACUAGUCUCUAGGUGCUAGUCUACGCUGUUGAUUUGUUAAAAAGGAAAUAAAUGUUUAUUUCUUAAAGGA